AUGUCUUAUAUUCCUCCACAUAAGCGACACCCGAAGGAUCCGAACGGACCUUCCCCUGUUCAAGAUUCUCUUGAUACAAAAUUCAAGAAAAACCUCAUCUUCAAGAGUACCAGCGAUAAACUCAACCGUAUUGAAUACUCAGGAGAUUCCGUUUCCAAAUGGUUUCUUAUUGGUUCAAAUGGAAUCGAGGAUGAGAUUCCUCCAUCCGCUAAGCUCGUGACCCUCUCCUCGGAUUCUGUCGAAUGCAUAAAUGGAAAAAAGCCGUCGAUUCUGAUGAGCAACACUGUCCAAAAAGAGAGCGAAGAAGAAGAGAGAAGUCGGUGGCUGUUAGUAGCAGAGAAGGUGGAAGAGGAUCUUGUGUUGGCAUAUGAGAAAGCUAAGACUGCAAUGGAAGAGCAUCAGCAUGUCUUGAGAUUGGUUGCUAGGUUUGGUAAAAUUUUCUUCUAUGGGGAUCAUGCUGGUCCUGUGGUCAAUUGUUCGAGAAAGCCCUUGAAUAAGAUGUUCUCAGCAGAUGUCCCAACUUCUUACUUAGAACACAUCAAGUCUAAGGUCUUACCAAGCCAUGGAUUCUGUUUUGACUUGGAAAAGGAAAGAUACACUGUCAAGGUAUCGCAUUAUACUCGUCCCAGUGAAACCAUCGCCUGUAAAUGUACCCUUAAGGAAGAUGGCAAGCUCAGUUUGCACAAGGCAGAGCUUAGUCUCGUAAGGCAUUUGGUUGUUGAUGUGUCAUGUAUUGAUAAGAAUCUCGACAUGAGGCUGCUGCUCGCUUCCAAAAGAAACAGGACAGCUCUCACCGAGAAAGAGAUGAGUGAUAUUAGAGGAGUGUUGGAUUCAGCUACUGUUGAUCCAAAUGUGAAAGGUGGUUUAAGGUGCCCGCUUGGUAAAUCUUCAUCUAGUGAUGGGUACAAAGUGUUUGAAGCUUGUCACGCUAGGUCUACAGUCUACACAAAAGGAACUCUAAGGCUAAGGUUUAGAGAGACUGAUAGAUUCAACGAGAGGAUUGGAACAGGGGAAAUCAAGAGGGAGGUGACUCUGGUGCUUAAAGACCUCAACUCUAAGUUACAGGAGCAGAACAUUGAGAAGGCUUGUCUAUUGGAAAUGCUUCGAGAUACUCUUGGAACCUUGUGGGACUUCUUGCAUUGCGAUGCCUAUCUUACGUAA